CCUUUCCGACCGGUUUCCCAGUUAGCCGCGCGCGGAUUGAGUCAAGUGAACCAACCGAUAGGUGGUAUUGACCGUCCGCUGCAGGUUUUCCAUACAAAACCUGACUAAUUUCACUUAAGGAAGCGACUGACAAGCACCGCGAAGACUUUAGUUAUUUAUCGGGAGGUUUCGCCGGUACCGGAGUCAAGGUGACGCGGUUGAAAGAAAGAAAGUAAACGCUGAGUGAAAGCGCCUGACUGGAGCUUGAGGAUCAAAGCUAAUGCUAAGCCACCUAGCCGUUGCUAAAUAAUUACACGAAAACUCGUGUCAGUUGAUCCGUCGUUUACUUUGUCAUAACCGCUGAUAUCACAAAGUGGAUGUUUCGGAAAGGCAACUGGAGGGUGCACGCCACGUUUGCUUGAUUUAGUGGGGUUUUAAGCCUGGACAUUUUAGGCCACAAGCGACUGGUAUUCGCUUUACAAGAUUAGCCACCGUAGCCGGUCUUGCUGAGGUGACACCGGCUCAACUGCUAAAGAUAGUUUACGGCCGAAGCUACGCUUAGUGUUUUAUUAGUUUCGAUACUUUUGCUUCUUCUUCGCCAUGCUGAAACAACAACAGUCUAAUUCCGGCGGAAGAAAAGCGUCUAAUGGUACAACGGGCCCCGCCGGUAUGUCUUCUCCAGUCAGCGGCGGCGGCGGCAGCAGCGGAAACAGGACGCCGGCCGGGAGGAAUCGAGCGAAUGCAAAACCACCAUUCCAGUCUUCUCCCGUUUUUGAGGGAGUCUACAACAAUGCUCGAAUGCUUCAUUUCCUCACAGCUGUUGUGGGUUCCACUUGCGAUAUAAGAGUGAAGAAUGGCAGUAUGUUUGAAGGCAUUUUUAAGACCCUUAGCUCACGGUGCGAAUUAGCCGUGGACGCUGUGCACAAACGCAACGAGGAGGAGGGCUCGACGUCUGUGCCCCCGCGGAGGGAAGACAUCACCGACACCAUGAUCUUCAGCCCUUCAGAUUUGGUUACCAUGAUAUGCAGAGACGUGGACCUCAACUUUGCCACCAGAGAUACCUUCACUGACACCGCUAUCAGCUCCACUCGCGUCAACGGGGAACACAAGGAGAAAGUGCUGCAGAGGUGGGAGGGAGGUGACAGCAACGGCGAGAGUUAUAAUUUGGACGCGGACACAUCCAAUGGCUGGGACGCCAACGAGAUGUUCCGUUACAAUGAAGUGAAAUAUGGAGUCACGUCAACAUAUGAUUCCAGCCUUUCUAUGUAUACUGUGCCACUGGAGAGAGGCACCUCGGAAGUAUACCGACAGAGGGAGGCCCGCGCCGCUCGCCUUGCCAGCGAGAUCGAGUCCAGCCCCCAGUAUCGCCACCGCGUGGGCCUGGAAAACGACGAGGGCAAAAGCGAGGAGGACAAGUACAGCGCCGUGGUGCGUGACGGCGCCGAUCGGGAGCGCGGCCACGAGAGUCCCCGUGAACGUGGCCGAGACAGCCCCGGAGCCAGGGAGGGCAAGUACAUUCCUCUACCACAACGGCAAAGGGAGAUGAACCGGGACCGCGACCGAGCCGAGAGGGGUCCUGGCGGCCCCCCGUCCCACAGCCGUCUCAGCGGGGGUUACCGCUCCACCCCUCCGUCCUCAUCGUCCUCGUCCCCCAGACCACCCCUGCCGUCCGCCACCGGCCCCCCAGGUGGCGUCUCCCCUUCAGAGCGAAGCAGCCCCCUGUCAGGUCGAGGUGGCGCUUAUGCCACCCACCACCCCCAGGGAAGCCCCAGCCCGGGCCCCGGCUCCGGUCCCGCCAGUCCGUACACGCCCGCUUCUCCCGGGGCAGCAGCCUCCCACUCCGCCGCCCCUUCACCAACCAGCCCGCCUGCCCCCCACGGACACGCUGUCCCACAUUCCCAUUCCCUCCCGCACUCCUUGUCAGAGGCUGCCAGACCUGUUAAUGGCGUUCCUCCCAGGACUUCUCCCAAAGCUCAAAGACCACCACAGUCAAGCAGAACAGUCCGCACUCCCAACACACAUGCUCAGUCCACUGCUGCUCGCUCGCCAAAAUCAGGCUCUUCCCAGGACACGCCUUAUCUGGACACGUCGUCCAUCUCCUUGCCCGCGCACAAGACGUCAGGCCCCGCCCCUCUCUUCCCUGUGGACGUGAAUGAGAUCCUCUGCGCCGCUGCUAAAGUACGCUGUGCCGACAGUCCCAGCGGCACAGAGGAAAGCAAGAGCGGCAAAGCCCCUUCGGUUCAACAAAGGUCACAAAUUGAGGAGCUACGAAAGUUCGGGAAAGAGUUUAGGCUCCAGCCGAGUGGAGGCACAUCCAGCGGUCCCGGCUCGCCUGCAGCAGCAACUCCCCCCGCGGUCGUUGACACGGCGCUGGCUAAACCUUCGCCGUCAGAUGAAGCCAAAGCACAGCCCGCCGCACCCUCCAACCCUCAGCCUUCGCCUCUCCCAUCGGACGAAUCCCCCAAGGAGGCCCCCAACUCCGCUGGCGCGGAGGCCGGUUCGGGCAGGCAUUCGCCAGCUGCUCCUCAGCCAGCCAGAACCCCCGGAAGUGAGGAGGGCACGUCAGACCGUGCAGAGGGUGUGGCAGACCAAGUGAAGAAGUCCACCUUAAACCCCAAUGCUAAAGAAUUCAACCCAGGCAAACUUCAAAUGCCAAUGACCAAACCCAACACAGCACCCACCCCGCCUCGCCCCACCCCUCCGAGCCCCGUUGUCAUUCAGCACCCGGGCGGGCAGGGUCCGCUCUACAACGCCCCCUACCUGUCGUAUGUCUCGCAGAUCCACUCAGUACAGACCCCACAAAUGUACCAGUACACGAUGUCUGCAGUGGGCCAGGGAAAGUACCCUAGGACUAAAGGAUCUGUGGUGGCGGCACGCUCAGAUCACGGCGCGUCAGCGCCGCCCAUGCUCCAAGCAGCAGCGUCCGCGGCCGGCGCCCCCCUUGUUGCGUCUCCUUACCCUCAGUCCUAUCUGCAGUACAGUCCGCAGCAGUACAGCCAGCAACAGGUCAUACAGGCCAUGUCGCCGUAUCCCGGACAGCCCAUGUACUCCAUGCUGCAGGGAGGAGCUAGGAUGAUAGGGCAAGGCGGGGGUCCCCACCCGCAAGCCCUCGGCCCCCCUGGGGGCCCGCAGUUCCAGGCACAAGGGGAAGGGCCACAGGGACCCCAGCAGGGCAUUUAUGCGCCACAGUCCUUCUCCCACCACUCGGGGGCGGUCCACCAGCCUCAGCCGUCUAGUACCCCAACUGGAAACCAGCCCCCACCCCAGCAUGCCGCACCCAGCCCCGGACAGAGCGCGCAGUCAGGCCCGCAGCCGCAAUCCCUGUAUCACUCGGGUCCGCUGUCGGCGCCGACCCCACCCAACAUGCCGCCCGGACACACGUCCCCGCAGGGAUCCUACCCUAUUCAGGGCUACAGUAUCCACAGCCACCAGGGCAUCCCACCUACAUACCCCCUGGGACAGUUGGCACAGGCCCACGUGCAAGGAGCCAUGUCGGGUCCCCACCACUCGGGGAGCCACGCUCAGCCCCAGUUAGUCAUGUUACAGCCCCCACCGCAGCAAGGUCCCAGCUCGGUACCCCAGCACCCGCAACACGGACCGCAGCAGGGGACGCACCAACACUUUUACAUCGGACACCCGCAAGCAAUGCAGGUUCAGACGCACCCGGCAUCCUUCCAUCCGCCCGGAAACUAAACUCAAACAUCGGCGGGACCGAUCGCCAACAACCGAGCUGACUGAACAUACAAAAAAAUAGACUGACAGGACAAAAAAUCUCCUCGCACCUUCUACUCCUCUUCCUUCUUCUUCUGCCUUUAUUUUUCAUCGGCCCCACCAAAAGAAGGAACUUUUUGUUGUUUUUAAUCCAAACGGAUGACGACGAAUCCCACGCUCCUCUUCAACUUCUUCCUUUUGUUCCACUACGGGACAAAACGUUUCGGUCUUCCAGCGACGUCUUUUUGGACACCCGCGCCAAAAACCGGAUCUUAACUGCACGACGGGAAGCAUUUGUAGAGGACGGGGGAUUUUUAAUCUAUCACUUCUUUUAACUUGACCCUGAUAGUUCUAAAUAAAAAUCACCCUCUGACUGUUCAUCUCUUCCUUAGGUAAAUAAAAUAUAAAAAAAUGGACAAGACAAAAAAAAUAUUAAAAACAUAAUGACCAAAAAAUAAAGUUUUCAACUUAACUACAAUAU